AUGAUAAGAGAAGCAAGAAACGAAACUGGUAAAUUGUCAGUGGCGGAAAACGAUGUGGCUCUCAAAACUACGGUGGUUGAUGAGGAUCAACGUGGUACAACCCUAUCACGAAUAUCUAGGUCUAAACCUGAACAGCCCAAGAGAGAACUCCCGGCACUUGGAUGGCUCAAGCGGGUUAAGUGGAUACCGGGAGCUAGGGCAGAUGAAUAUGACUUCAUAAACAAUCCUAUCGAGAAGUGUAAGGUGGAAGAUAAUAGGCGUGUCACACUGCUUGUCCUCGUAAAGUCAGCAACUUACCAGACUGAUUUAAGGGACAAAAUCCGAAAUACGUACGUCAUUGGUAUCACUAAAUAUAAUGUGUCUGUAAAGGUGGUUUUUAAUCUCGGAUACCCAGAAAAUGAAAAGGAACAGGCCAAAAUCAACGAGGAGGCCAGACUGCACGGAGAUAUUUUACAGGCAGACUAUGUCGAACAUUAUUAUAACCUCACCAAGAAAUUCGUCAUGGGUUUGAAGUGGGCAGUGAAAUUUUGCGGCAGUGAAUUUGUGAUGUCGACGGAUGACGACAUUAUGGUCGACAUCGUGACACUUGCCAGAGACCUUCGAAGUGUACCGUUAGAGGAACGUACAAAUUUUGUUAUUGGUAAGCAGAAUGGAUACCCAGUUGAACGAAAUGAACGCAGCAAGUGGUAUUGCCCAAAGGAGCUGUACCCCGAGGAUCGAUACCCGCCCUUUCCCCUCGGACAUGGAAUUAUUUUAUCACAUAAGGUUACACAAAAGCUUUAUGAAGCUUCCAGGGACUUGCCGCCCGAAAUUCCAUUCGAUGAUGUCUACUGCGGGAUACUUUUAAAGGCGCUGGGCAUUGAUAUAAGAGACAGGGUAGGCUGGUUCAAAAAACUUCAUCCUCAAAAACGGCCUGCAGACUACUUUAUAUUACAGCUAAAAACAGAUACCAUGAAAACUGCCUGGGAAGAGUUUGAAAAUAAACUUUGA